AUGGCUACAAUAACAAUAAAAAUUUUUACUUUCUUAUUUUUUAUUUUUAUUAAAUAUAUUCAUGCUGGUAAUUCAAAAUCCUGCUCUUACUCUAGUGAUUGUUCAGACAAUACAAAAUGUAUAAGUUUUUCGGAAGAAAAUUAUUGUGUUUUACCAUGUGAAAAAAGUAAAGAAAAAGAACAAUGUGGAAAAGACAUUUUAUGUAAAGAAAUGGGAGAUAUUGAAGGAGUUGAUAAAUGGAUAUGUGAAACACAAAAAGAAUGUUUAACAGAUAAUGAAUGUAGUAAUAUUUCACCAAAAUCUACUUGUAAUUUAUAUAAUCUUAAAUGUACAAAACCUGAAGAAGAUAAAAAUGAAGAUUCUACAAUAUCAACAAUCACUAGUAAAAAAAUAACAUCAAAAAAAAGUACCAGUAAAAAAAGCACUACUAUAACAAAACCAUCAUGUAUUGAUAAAAUUCCAGAUGGUCCACAUGGUUGCCCUUCAUUUAAAAGAUAUUGUAAUGAUUCAAAUUACCUUGCAAUUCUUAAAGAUCUUUGUCCAAAAACUUGUGGAAAAUGUAAUAAGUUUGAUGAUAAAGCUACCAAAUUACCAUUAAAAUGUGCUGAUUAUGAACCAAAAUGUAGUGAACGAUAUUAUCUUUGUAAAUCAAAUUUAUACAAAGAUUUAAUGAGAUUAAUUUGCAAAAAAACUUUAAUUUUUACUGCAACUCUUUUUGAUGAAUGUUCUUUUACAGCUGAUUGUAAUGUUGGUCUUAAACCUGCAUGUGUUAAUAUUGGCAAUAAAAAUUAUUGUAUUGAAGAGUGUGUUGAAGGGGAAGAUAUUUAUCAAUGUGGUAUUGGUAAAAAAUGUAAAAAAUCACUAGACAUUGAUGGUACAAAAAUUAAUUCAUGUGCAUAUGAAGUUAAUUGUUUAAAAAUGAAUGAAUGUACUAAACCAGGUGAAAUUUGUAGUCCUUAUUCUUUAACCUGUCUUCCAAUUUCAAUUCAACCUUUUACAACUACAAGUAAAAGUUUAACAACUAAUAAAAUUAUAAAAUCAUGUAUUGAUAAAGGUUUCUUUAAUCAAGCAUACUCCUGUUCAGUAAUAUCAGAACUUUGUUAUCAACCUAAAUAUAAAAAAUUUAUGGAAGAAUAUUGUUCAAAAACUUGUGGAUUUUGUAAAGAUAAUCAAAUUGAUUGUAAUAAAACCUCAUGUAAAAAUACAUUUGAAAUUAAAUUAACAAAAGAAAUAACUGCAUUUUUCCGAUUGCCAUCAGAUUUUAAAAAAUAA